AAGUAAUAGAAUUCUAAAAUGUAUAAUCUACCAUUUUGUCCAAUCCAUAGCUAUUAAAUCCUAAAUUUACUAGAAUUAAGAGCCCAUGAUGCAAGGUUAAUUUGUGGCAGCUGUCUUCUUAAUUUAGUUUAGACAUAAUAAAUUGAAGAUAUAAGGAAUGUUGUGGAUCUUAUCUAAGUUAACAAAUCAAUAAUUUUAGGUCUAUAAUCAUCCAGAAAAUGCCUUUAAAUUUACGGAUGUAAGGGAAAGAACAGUUUUAGCUUCGUUUUUAUAUGAUUAAAGAAUACAAAUAAAUAUGAUAAAAUAAAAAAUUGAAUAGUUGUUAGAUGAAUUGGCCACAUGGUAAUCAGAAUUAGUGUAAUAAUCAACUAAUUUACUUAAUGUAUUUAGAUAUUGUAAUAUUAGGUAAUUAAAAAAGAUGAAUUUAAACAGCUAUUUGAAUAACUUGCGAAUCUGGAUAAAGGUGUUAGGAUUGAAGUUAUCUAGGAAAUACAAAAUAAAUUUUAUAAUUAUUUUAAAUCUAUAGAAGUAAUGAACUAAGUUUCUACAUAAAAAGAUUUUGAAAAUUUGGAUCAAAUUUAUGAUAACAUGAACAAAAAGUAAUUUUAUUGUAUUUAUUAUAGAAUUGUUUAAAGCGGAAAAUUUGAAGAAUUAUUUCAAUUUAUCAAUAAGACUGAAGCGGAUUAUUUAUAAAUUGCAAAUCCUUUUACCCAUUUGAUAAUGAAUACUAUUUAAUAAAAUGUAAAGAGAUAAAUUAUAAAAAAAAUGCUAAUUUAUCAAAGUUAAAAACAUGGGUUAACAUUUAAUGCAAUUAAGGCUGCAAUAGUUGGAAGGUAAAACUUACUUUGGUUUUUUAAAUCAUCAAAUAAUUAAUGUACUGAAUUUGGUGGAUAUACUCCAUAUAGUUGGUAGGAUGAGGCUAAGCCCUAUGGAGCAACUGUGUCAAAUCCUUCAUUUUUAUUUUCAAAGACUUUAAAAUAAAUUUACCCAAUAAUCUUAGAUAGGGGAGGUUGUGCAUAACAGUUUGCUUAGUCAUCUUUUAUUUUAUUUGGAGGUACUUGUAAUGGCGAUGAAGAUUUACGAAUAAAUCCUGAUUUCAAAUCAGGGUAUUCUAGAUUGGGAGUUUCAUAUAAAGCCCCUCAAGGUGUUGACUCAACAAAAUAUUCAACACAUCUAUUUGGGGCACUAGCACCAAAUGUUAUUGAAUGUGAGAUUUAUUAAAUAUUUUUUGAAUGAGAC